AUGGGUAACCAAAUGAGCGUUCCUCAGAGAGCUGAGGACCAGGAGAAUGAUGCAGAAACAGACACUCACGAGGUAAGGGACUGUGCUCAAAACGGGAUGCCGCCGGUGAUGGUGUCAACGUACACAGUGCAACUCUACGACGAUGUCGAUUUGGGCAUAAGUGUCCAGGAAGACAGUGUGGCCACUUCUUCCCCCGGGACAGUGGAGACCAGCGCUGUCGCGGGUGCCAACGGAAAGAAUCUUGGGAAAGAGGCCAAUCCCCAGACACCAGCUGCUAAAUCGCGUUUUUUCUUGACUCUCUCUCGGCCUGUACCAGGGCGUACCGGAGACCGAGCCGGGGAUUCAUCCACCGAACCGGGGAAGCUGGACGUCAGCUCCAGCGCAGCCCCGGGGAACAAAGGCCCGAGUGACAGCAUGGCCCUUCCGCCGGCAGCUGCACCGGGGCCCGGCCCAGAUAAAACCCCCGGCCGGACCCCCGCCGACCACCAGGGCUUCUCUGCCACUUUGGGGCCCGCACCUCCGCCACCUGGGUCAGGGGGAGCAGCCCCCUCCAAGCCUAAGGACUCCAGCUUUUUUGACAAACUCUUCAAACUGGACAAGGGACAGGAAAAGGCUCCCACUGUCGGCCACCUGGAAGCCAGGAGUGUGGCACCCCAAGGCCAGGCCGACGACCUCCCCGGAUUCCCCGGGCAGUCCCACGAUGCCCCAGCGGAGAGGGACAUAGCUGAAGACAAAGACGAGGGACAGGAAGUCACACCUGCGAGUUGCUCUCUCCCCCGGGAUCCCGAAGGCCUGGAGAUCGCCAAGGAGGGCCCGCAGACAGCAGCUACAACCGAGAAUAAUAAUUCCGUCAUGAGCUUCUUAAAAACGCUGGUUUCAUCUAACAAAGCUGAAACGAAAAAAGACCUGGAGGACACGGGUGCUGAAAAGUCACCCGCCACGUCAGCAGACCUCAAGGCAGACAAAGCCACCUUUGUACCCCCGGAGACCCAAGGGGCAGCCAAGAAUCCUACACCCACAGAAACGGCAAAGGAGGGUGCCAAGCAGAAGGGGGGACCCUCCUCGCUGCCUCUGAGCAAACUGUUCUGGAAAAAGUCAGUUAAAGAGGAUUCAGUCCCCACAGGUGCAGAGGAGAUUGUGGUGUGUGAAUCACCAGUAGAGGUUAUAAAGUCCGAGGAAGCAGACUGCGCCUUACAGACAGUGGAUCUCAGCGACGAGGGAGAGGCCUUGCCCGCACCCCCCGAAGGAAAACCCAAAAGGGAAGACGGCAAGCCACCGAGAACCUCCCUGCUGGCGCUCCUCAGGCAGAUGUCAGUGAAAGGGGAUGGAAGGAUCACCCACCCAGAAGAAAUAAAUGGGAAAGACUCCAGCUACCAAGCAUCGGACCCCCCGCAGAAGGCCGUCCCGCCAGCGCCCGAGCCCGCGGGAGCAGGGCCGAGGGGCAGGGAGGGCUCCGCAAAGGCCAAGGCGCCCGAGAGCAACAGGCAGCGGGGCAGCGCGCAGGACGCCAAGGAGCCCGCCCCGUGUGCGUGUGCCGAGCCCGCCGCGGCCAACGCGCUGCAGAACCGGGACAAGCCCCCGAAGAGAGCCGAGAAGCGGCGGCAGUCCCUCGGGGGCUUCUUCAAGGGCCUGGGACCAAAGCGGAUGAUGGACGCUCAAGUGCAAACAGACCCCGUAUCCAUUGGACCAGUUGGCAAAUCCAAGUAA